AAGCUUAUCAACAACGCGACUGAUACUUUGUUAGUCCUCACUCCAUUGUAUUCCGGUCUUCACCCGCGCGAAGACACGCUGGACGUUUACGCGAAGAACAUGGCGUCAAAGGAAAGUCAGCAACAUACCAUGGCCGUUGAGCCCCGUGAGCCCGGCGAGAUACAAGGGAGUCUUGCAGAUCGAAUAGGGCCUGUAGGAGAGUUUGUACAGGGUAGCAGCAGCAGCCGCUCCAGAAAGAGAAAGCGUGGUGAUAGAGAUCAUGAAGAGGACGUCGUGAAGGAGCCGCUACUGACUCCUUGGAUAGCAUCGCUUGGUGUCACAGAAUACGAAAGUAAGGAACAAAGGUUGCAUGAUGAGAUCAUGGCAUAUGUUCACUACAUCCAGCCGACGCCACAAGAAGUGGAGGUGAGGAAGAUUGUAUCCGCACGCGUCGAGGAAGUAGCUGUACGCCGGUUUAGAGACGCAAGGGUGCAUACUUAUGGCAGCGUGACCACCAAUCUGUCUCUUCCUCAUGGAGAUGUUGACCUAGUCAUUGGAACGAGACAUGUUGAGACACUGGAUGAAAAGAAAAGGACACUGUUUCAACUACGAGACAGGCUUCGAAAUGAUGGAAUUGCAACAGCCACCCAAGUCAAUGCUCGAGCGCGCGUUCCCGUCCUCAGUUUUGUCUCAACACCAGAGUCAGGUUCUAUCAACAUAGAUGUUACCAUCAAUUGCACCGAUGGUGUAAAGGCUAUCGAUAUCAUCAUCGACCAUUUAAAGCGCAUGCCAGCUCUCCGUCCCCUUAUCCUCGUUCUCAAAGGUCUUUUAUUGCAGCAUAACUUCCAUUCAGCGGCCUCGUCAGGUCUCAGCAGCUACGCUUUGACUUGUAUGACCAUCAGCUUUAUACAGCUCAAUCCCAUGAACCGACCAAAAGACUACUUCGAUGAUCCUGUUCAAACGGAGUCGCUCGGCCACCUUCUCAUGGACUUUUUGAACUAUUACGGCUCAGAGUUUCCUUAUGCUACGUCAUAUAUCUCAGUCAAUACUGCGUCCAUCAAGUCCAAGGAGUCGAAAGGGUGGGAUGCCAUAAAUGUGCCAGAACGUCUCUGUAUCGAAUGUCUCAUAAAUCCAGAGAACGACAUAGGUAAACCUACAGGAAAGAUCAAAGCAAUCCGCGCACUGUUCCGAGAUUCUCUUUCCGCACUGCAAUCAGCGACCUUGGAGGCCACUCAAUCAAACAUCCUCGGGAUCAUACUGGGUGUGCCACAAGAGACUAUAGACUAUCGAGAGCAUGUGCGUCGGAUAGUUGAUCAAGGACUCGUCUACCAGUUGAGGUCAGGGCGCUCGUGGUCGAAACGAGGAUCCAGUCAUAUUCUCGCAGGGGGGUAUCCGAUACAUACCGCAUAUAGUCAUUAUGCGCCGCAAGCUUCCAAACGACCUCGAUAUGAACGCGACUAA